ACAAAUACCUAUCAGUGCAAAAUACAAACAUAAAUCCAAACCCGGAUCAACCGCGUGUGCCUAAAAUUCAUAUUCAACGUGAGUCAGCGACUGUCGCGGAUGGCCGGCGAGCCCACAAUUGACUGACUGUGUUCGGUCAAGUACGUUCAGUAAAGCAGGUGACAACGACGACGGUGACUUCAAUGAACGAUCCACAACGGUCACUUUGCUGAGGUCACCUCAAGGAAUUUUCUCAAGUUCAAUGAGUUCGUGACAAAAGUGCGCGCCUUUAAUUGAAUAAAUCCCUUUCAUCCCUGGGGCCAUGUGUGCCAUGUGAGAAAUGAAGUAAAUAGGUUGUCGUUUAUAACGAUCAUAAUGGACGAAGUGGAAUCGAAUGCCGCUAGUCAAGCGAAUAAAAUUCUUUCGCUGUGCUGGAGUUGCGGAAAUGUGGCAGCUUCCUACUACGACGUUGACCAAAUGGAAAUCUACGCUAUUCAAAAAGUUUCAGAUCAAGCUCCGCAAUACCCAAUCAUCCGGAAUCUCAUCCGACGGUACAAGCCCAUGUUUUAUUUGGUGUCAGGAUCGAAGAAUUUCCUAGAAGAUGCCCCUGAGUUGUUAGAUUUACCGGUAGGUACAAUUCUGCAGCAUAUUGAUUCAGGGAAAAUUAUUUGCGAAGAGAAGGCUCGUUAUUGUGACUUUGGACCUAAACCGAUGAAGGCAAGUGUGGUUAAAAUUAUGGCCAUGAACUUGCCUGGGUUACCUCAACAAGCAACCGAAUCCGAACGUCGACUGUUUAUGGAAAGUGUAUUACCGUUCAAUCAAGAUUUGUUAAUUCACUCCGUUGGAUGUCUGUUGAAGUUGUUGGAUGGGCUAGCGUCUGAGAACGAAAGCCUAAUGGUAUCAAAAAUAAACGUUUUGGCCCCAGAAUCCCUACUAGUCAUUGAUGAGUUGACUUGUCAAGCCUUACAGAUUUUUGAUUCAAGACUUCAUCCCUCAGGGUUCAAACGAAACAUGGAAUCCAGCACGUGCUCCUUGUUCAAUCUGUUCAACAGAUGUUCGUCCAAAAUUGGAAAGAUAGAACUUAAUAACAUAAUGCAGCAACCUAUCAGAGAUUUGCCGGAAUUGGAAAAACGACUCGAUAUAGUGCAGUGGCUGGCCAAUCCUCAAAAUACCAGGUUUGUCGAUGAAAUGAAAAACUACAUUUCAAACUUAAACAGAAUACAGCCACUGUAUAAGAAAAUUUCCUCGAAAAGAGCAAAAAAUAACGAUUGGAAAUCUAUGAAGAAAAAUAUUUACUACGUGUAUCUGCUUUGCAAGCUGUGUAUCACAGUUAGGGAACCAUCCAUUGACGGAACUGCCAUUGCAGUACUGGCUGAAUUUGUUUCUCAGCCGGGUAAUACCCUGAAGCAACUGCUUUUCACUUUGGAUGAAGUUCUUGAUUUAGAGCGCGGAGAUCAAGGCAAUAAAUUUACCGUCAAACCAGGAAUUGACCACGAAUUGGAUGGUCUUAGAGCCCAGGUGGACGAAACGCAAACGGCUUUGUUGGAAACCUCCCGGUUGGAGAUAGAGAAUCUGCCAAUCGAUGCGGAUGAUGUUUUUGUAACUUUUCUGCCAGGAUACGGAUUUGUUUUCAGCACUACACGAGGCAAUGAAAUGCCAUCUAUAUCAACCGAUGACAGCACGUCAAUGAACGUUGUGCAUCAAUCUGAUACGACCGUUUACUUUCAGAAUGAUUUGUGCAGACAACUUAAUGCGAAAUUUGGAGGUUUAUUAGCAUCCAUAAGUGACCAUGAGCAGGUUAUCCUUGAAAAACUAAUCACAUAUAUUGAUCGAAUAAUUGCUGAACUAAUAGACAUCUUCAACGUAACUGCCAGACUUGAUACGUUUUUAGCAUUUGCCUCUGUUGCAGUGACACAGGAAUUCUCCCGUCCUGUGCUUUGCGAUCAAAAAAUUCUUCAAAUAAAGCAAGGUAGACAUCCUCUCCUAGAGCAGCAUAAGCCUUACCAUCCGAACGAUACCGAUCUCAGCACCACCAAUAAUUGUUUUGUCAAGAUUCUUGCAUCUGCUGAACCCUCCGGAAAGACCAUCUACCUCAAGGAGUUAGCUUUGAUCUGCUAUUUGGCACACAUUGGAUCAUUCGUGCCCGCACAAGCCGCUGUUAUAGGAUUGUUGGACUCAAUUUACUCACGUCUCGAUUUUCCGGAAUCAGUUUUCAGUGGGAAGUCUUCAUUCAUGGGUGAACUAUACCAAAUGUCUAACAUUCUGUCCAAUACAACUGCUCGCUCUAUGGUUCUAAUAGACGAAUUCGGAAAAGGAACAACCUAUUCAGAGGGUAAAUCUCUCAUGAUAUCCAGCAUAGAACACUUGCUUCAAAAAGAUGUAGACGUUCCCAUCACAAUCGUAGCGACUCAGUUCACGGCCUUAUCCAACUACCUUCAUGAGCACCGUUACCUUCGAAUCUAUACUUCUCAUCGCAAAGUCAUGUCCUCACGUCAUGAUGAAUCCUUAACAGGCCCUGACAACCACCACCAAGAAAUCGUCACUUCGGUUAUCCAAUCACUAACCCUGACCCUGACGAAGAAAUAUCUAGCAAACGAACGGGUCGAUCCUAGCUUAGUCAAUCACCUGUACCGAUCCGUUCCCAUCACUCAAGCCCACCUCCGGCGGUGAAGGUCAGCAAACACCGGCUUGUUUGUCUAGUAGAACGUUGGAUGAAUCUCAAUUCAGUGCGGUAGUGUCCCGGAAGGCGCGGGAAGCCGAAUUGUAAUGACGACUUUACCGAAAAAAUGUACCUACUCACUCACUCGCUCAUUGACUUAUUUAUCUUUCAUUACACUCCGUUAGACCGACAGUUUGAUUUCCAGCUUUAUUAUUAAUGCUUCCAAUCACAUACCUGCACACCAGCCAAAGCUCUUGGGACGAUGAGUGCGAGACUAUUUAUCUAUAGCUACCACAAACUAUUCUGGGAAUGCAGUAGUGACAAUAAACAUAGUCUUUGCGGUAA